AUGAAGAAAUCUAAGAACCGAUCAGAGGCAUCUAUAAGAACAGUCAAGUCAGAAAUACAAUGUAAAGAAGAAAUAUAUGUGCCACCACUUGAUAUUCUUACUAUUAGCAUCCUAGACUUAAGAGUUCCGGACGAAGACCCUAAGCCGUACACCUUGAAGAUUACAUACUUUGAUCAAUUGCUAUUAUCAAGUGUAGUCACGUCUACUAAUAGAAGAGAGGAAGAAGUCGACAGUACAAGAAUCCUCGCUGAAGGAUAUAUGAAUUACGAUCCGUCAGAUUAUGAAAAAAUGUGUUUAUUUGUCAAUCAGCCACUUACUAGUAUGAAUCUUUAUUUAUCUUUUAAUCUUAUAAAGUUGCUGACACAGGUAAUGAUGUUACCCAUAAAAAGCAUCUCGAACGUAGAUACUGUCAGUUCAAUGGGACAGUCUCACUCAACGACAACAACAGUUAACAACACUCAACAAACAAACAAAUCGAGCGUAUUUUUUAAACAAGAGUCAUUUAUUGAUAGUUAUUGCUGCAACAUUGACAUACUCCCAAUAUUUAUCGAUACGAAAGAAAUGGUAAUCGAAAAAAGCAUGGAAUCCAUAGUACCACCGUCAGUUUUACUCGCCAAAAGUUGGGAUAAUUUUCCAAAAAUAACGUUAAAAUUGAAUAUAAUAAGAAACGAAGAGAAUAAAAUACAUCAUAAGAAAUUUAGAAAUUCGAACUAUUUUAAAUUUACCCUCGUGGGAUGUUACAACUUUCUAGUUCCUUUUAAAGACACCGUCGUUUAUACAGCAGCAACAAAAUUACCAGUUUGGAACGACAUGCACAGUUCAGUGUUUACAUUUUAUAACGGCUAUGAAACCCCAAAGAGAUUUGAUUACAUGUCCUUUUAUCCACACUGGGAGAGUCUAAGACUUCAAGAAGAACGAUUUACAAAAGGAGAUGUAAAACUUCAAUGUAACUUGAAAGAAUUCCAAAAUGUACAUAAUAUCGACUUGGAAUAUUACUUGAAUAGCUUACCACAAAAGUUUACUACAGUUUGGGCUUCAUUCCACCGAACUUUAUUACUUAAGGACUCAGAACAGUGGCUCUCUAACUACAUACGCCAAUACAAGUGGCCAUUAGAAGUGCAACUGUAUGAGGAAGGCCAAGGAUAUAGUUUAAUGGGUUUUAUCGACCUUUUUAGACUGCUCUAUCCAGGAGAAAAAACUACUAGAAUAGUAGUACCGUUGCAAUGGUUUGACGCAGAGAGCCUGAUGGAAAAAUGUGGUUGUGAACCACUACUAGCAACCAAUGAAAGAGUUCAGUCGCCGAACCAUCACAAAAUUGUCAGUAAUACAACAGAAACUACGGUUGUCAGCAACGAAAUACUACCGACAGGUAACGAUGGCAACUGCGCCUUCGCUAUUAUAGAAGUGACUAUGGCGCGACCUUUUAUGAAGCCUAUUAUACCACCACACAUAACACAAUCGGAAAUAAAUGAAAUGGCAACCGACAUAGAGUUAUUACCGAUAAAACGAGAGUGCUCUGGACGUGGUCAGCUCAAGCACGAUUGGCAAGCGACAGUAAUCAGUGCCGCUAAAUCGCUACGACGUGUUCCUUAUUAUGGUACGGCAGAUCUUUGUACGAUCAUCAGACAACUGAGUACAUCACGGACGCGUGUGGAACUUUUUACGUCCUUCUGGCAAGAAGCUGCCAUAUACGUCAAUAACAAUUUUGUUGUUAGCAAUUUCGUGCGAUCCAACGAUACAUACGAAGAGAUGCUUAUGAUAGCCCACUCUUGUCUGAUGAAAAUCACGUACGAGACACUCAAUGAAAUUGAUGGCACACAAGAAAUAAACGCAACGCUGAGAGCCGCCAGGCAGUCGCGACAACUUCAAGACCUACCUCACGCUAUGGAACUUUAUUUGCAGUUGGCGGUAGAGAGGCCUCGGGAAGCAGAUAAUUGGCGUGAGUUAGCUACAUGCCUUAGAGACAUUGACGAGGACUGGGCUAACGUCUGUAUCAACAAAUCGCUUUUACUAAAUCCACGACAUCCCUUAAGCCUCCUAUCAAAAGGCUCUAUGGUAUUUGAAGAAGAUCCUGACGCAGCUGAGCCAUUUUUUGUAGCCUUAAUAGCAUAUUAUCCAUUUUACCCUACUUUAUGGAUAGCUGCUAACGCGUAUUAUCUUCACAGAGAGCUAUUUGAUAUGGCUCAACAAAUCAUGGAACAAAUAAAAAGGACAAGAGCCGAAGGUUUGUCGGAGGAAUUGCGAUACUCACGCGCAUGGGAAAGAGAACUUGGAGAUUGGUGGGACAACACACCCUUAUUACCUGGUACCAGCUUAUAUUACGACGCAGCCGACCUUCUGCUAAGAAUACGAGCUAUUUCUUUAGCUGAGGUCUGCAUAGCUCGUGCUCUAUCAGAAACUGGCGAAUCUCCUGUAUACUAUCAUAUGGUCGCGCUGUGCUGUCGACUAAGGGGACAGAUCGAAGACGCAUUAUGCCAUCUUAAGCAAGGAAUCGAAAAAUUUGGUGAAAUAAGUUAUUUAAGGAGCCUUGAAGGUGAGUGCCAUCAUAAGAUGAAAGAUAUAGUUUCAUCCGUGGCAUCGUUCAAGAAAGCGGGCAGUUAUGGUAGCCCUUACAUCGCCUUACUUUCUCUGCCACGAUAUGACCAUCAGCGGACUCGUUCGAUUCUUUCCGACGUUGUUCGUCGCCAUCCAAGCGCCUAUGCAUGGAUCGCAUUGGCUGAGGAUUGGUUGAUGCGCAGUUCUCUCGGAGAAGGAGGAGAUGCAGAAAUUAAAAGAGACCAACGAACAGCAACUUCUAAUGCUGCUAACUGCGCAGCUAGAGCGCUCAAUUGUGACCGCCGCGCAGGACGCGCCUGGGCAUUGCUGGCAAGUCUGCUCUCACCGAGCACAAGGCGACAAUACUGCAGAACGAUGGCAGCGCUGGCAACGGUUUCCCCGCAUCCGUUGCCCAAAAGUCCAAACUUAUGGGAGCAGAUAGUUGACGUCAUCUCGCCGUCUGCGCCCUGCUCUCUUGCGGCGCAUUGGAGCUACCAGAUCGUCGUACUUUCUUACUCGCUCUGCUACUUCCUACUGCUUAAUCACGAUCUCACAGAAGGUGAUCUAAGCAUCUCUCUAUUCACGUGUGAUUACAAAAAACCAAUUGAUGAACUCAAAAAAGCUUUGGGAGAACAAAAAUCGUUUUGUUUUCGCAUCGGCAAAGUUCUACAAGAGUGUCGUUGUGAAAUGUGUAAUAAUCUUGUUAUUUGA